AUGAAGUUCUCUACUGCUACUAUUUUGGCUGCUGCCUCAGCUGUUGGUGUCAAUGCUGCUGACGCUCAGCAAGUUGACUUUUUGACCGCUUUGGUGUCUGACUUGGCUUCUCACAGAGGCUCUUACUUGCAAUUUGUGGCCACUUUCACUGAAUCUGUUCCAGCUGCUGUGACUGAAUUGGCUCUUAACGUUCAGACUUACACUGACAAUGCUUACACUACUUUGUUGGAGGACACUUCUGUUGUUGAACAAAUUAGUAAGUUUGCAACUGCUUUGCCAUGGUACUCUAGUCUUGCUGCUCAAGCUGCUGCUGCUGCUUCUGCCACUGGUUCUGCUUCUGGUUCUGAAGCUGCUUCAUCCACCGAAUCUUCUUCAUCAGCUUCUGCUGCUGAUUCCGCUUCCUCUGCUGCCUCCUCAUCAGCUAAGUCUUCUGAAUCUUCAGCUAAGUCUUCUGAAUCAUCUGCCAAGUCUUCUGCUUCAUCUGCCAAGUCUUCCGCUUCCUCUGCUAAGUCUUCCGCUUCUUCAGCAGCUUCUUCCGCUUCUUCAGCUUCAUCUUCUUCUUCCACUGGUGCUGCAGGUAGCGUUUACGUUGCUCCAGUUGGUGCCAUGUUGGGUGCCGUUGCCGUUGCUUUGUUGUAA